CCACGCAAUUCAGUUGUCUACCGAAAGCACUUGCGUUUAGUAACCUACGGAAGUAACCGCUAGUUUUACGUAUAAUUCUAAAAACAACAAAAACAAAUUAAAUAUUCAAACAAUGAAAUUCAUGAGCUACAUUGCGUCCUUCCUGCUGGGCAUCGUACUUUUUGCCGCACUGAGCGAAGCUGCAGCAGUCGACGCUGCUAACGAGGAACCCGUCUGCAUAUGUCCACGCGACUUCGAGCCAGUCUGCGCCGCUAAUCUGGUGACCUAUCCGAAUCGUUGCAUGUACGACUGCAAGCGUCAGGAUGAGGAGCGUAGAGGACGUAGUCUGGAGUUGCUGCGCUCCGGACCAUGCGACGAGUGACAUUUAUAAUGUGAACUUUACUUGUUUAUGCUAAGCUGAAGUGACCAUUUUUUCGAAUAAUAAAAUAAAAGUGAUAAAUUGAA